UACAAGACUUUUUUUCCAUUUGACAAAUCAAAUUUUCUUUUGAUUCACAUACAUCCCCAACUCUAACCCGUGAGAAACAGAGAGCGACUGUUCAAAAAUUUGGCCAUUGAUAGUUGAACCAUAAAGGUUGAAAAAAACCUCUCCAUGUCUAUUCCCUUUCUGGGGUUCGACAAAUUCAAGCUUUUCGCCAUUAUUGAGUUCAGAGGACUGGUUUGACAAGUUUUAUUUUGGAGGAGAAGAAACUUUUUGAAUGGAGAAAUCAUCUAUGGUGGUUUUUUCUGAGAUGGGAAUGGAGGAUAAUGGCUUUGUCAAUCAGUGGCACAAGAGCUCAAUGGAUGAGCUUGGUAUGCUCCCAUUAGCAGCUUCUUUGGGGGAGAAUUUGCAGCAUUCUUAUGCUCAAACAAACUUUGAUCAAAAGGCUUCUUUAAACCAUUCACACAAUGCCAUACUUGGGUAUGUGAAACAGUUCAAAAAUGAUGAAUGGAGUUCAUACCAAACAACUAAUCAUUUGCCAAAUUCACAAGUAAUUGCUUAUCCGACUGCAUCUGUUUCGGCUUCCAACUACUCGAACCAAAUGGACUUCACGAGGCCAAAAGAGGAGGUUGUGUGUCCUCAGAGUAUUAGCAACCUCCCAUCUGAUAUCUUGGUUUCUCAAGGCUCAUUAGCCUACCAAAGCCAUGUAACCAAGUCGAAUCGUGGAACAAGGAGUCCCUCUACAAACAGUAGAAUCCCCCAGGCUCAAGAUCAUAUUCUUGCAGAGCGGCGACGGCGAGAGAAGCUCAGCCAGCGGUUUAUCGCUUUAUCUGCUAUAGUUCCUGGCCUAAAGAAGAUGGACAAGGCUUCAGUUCUUGGAGAUGCCAUUAAGUAUCUGAAACAACUCCAAGAGAAAGUGAAGAUACUAGAGGAACAAACCCGCAGGAAAGACAUCGAAUCGGUGGUAUUCGUCAGGAAAUCCCAAGUUUUUGCUGAUGGAAACAACACAUCAAAAGAGGAGGACGAGCCACUUCCUGAAAUCGAAGCAAGAUUUUGUGACAAAAAUGUCCUUAUAAGAGUACACUGUGAAAAAAAGAAAGAUGUCAUAGAGAAAACAAUUGCUGAAAUUGAAAAGUUGCACCUUACAAUAGUCAACAGCAGUGUUAUGUCAUUUGGGAGUCUCGCUCUCGACAUAACUAUUAUCGCGCAGAUGGAUAAGGAAUUCUGUUUGACAUUAAAGGAACUCGUGAAGAAGUUGCAGUCGACUCUGCGCUUGUUUUAACGAGAAGAUAGAAGAGUUUUUUAAAUAAGAUCAGGAGCAGCCCUUGGCCUACAACAAAAUAAGAACAAUCAUAUAAAAGUAUAAAACAAAACUAAACAAAACCUAUCCCUUUUUAAAGCCAUUAUGUUUACAGGUCUGUGAUGUUCAACCAAAUUUGGACCAAUAAUCUUCAAGCAAACCACUUGUGAGAUUCACAUUUCAGGUGGGGUUUUCAUUUUUUCCCUUUCCUUUUUGCAUGUUAAAUCAUGUUGUAUUUGUCACCUACCUGUUUCAUUAGAAGUGACCUCACAGCUUGUUUGGAGGGUUGUUUUUUUCCAUUGAAGUUGCUGCCCAAAAAGCAUCAAAUUCUGUGGUUUCUCCUUCAGGGGAAGUUGGUUUUUUUAAGUUUGUUGGUCAGAACAGGCCUUUGUUCUUCUUCUUUUUUGUUUUUUGACAGUUCAUUUCUUCUGUUUGAUGUUUUAGAGGCUAUACAUGAAAAUGUAUGAGCCUCUUUUUUCAGUUACUUUGGUUUGUAAUGCCUUGUUUGGAAGUGAUGAAAUAGAUGAAAACUUUGCUUCUUUCA